UUCUUAUGGUGAUUUCAAAGGCGGCAAAGAAGAAGAAUUCUAUACCAUAAAAUUUAUCCGCACGUGUAUAUUUAAUUUGAAGUUUUUAUUCUAUCAGAUUAAUAAAUCUUUGUAGUAAUGCCUCCAGUACGCAAAGCCAAGCCAGAAAACCGUCAAAUUUCUAAAGAAUCUCUGGAGACUACUGCAGUCGUUUCAGGGCAGUUAGACAAGAAAAUCAAGAAACAGCAACAAAGGAAUAAUGAUAAACGCGGGAUUGUCUUUGUUAAGCAUCUUCCUCAUGGAUUCUUCGAAGAACAAUUGAAGAACUACUUUGAACAGUUCGGUGCAGUUUCACGCGUACGGCUUGGACGUUCACGUCGUACUGGUGGCAGCAAAGGCUAUGCCUUUGUGGAAUUUGAGUAUCCGGAAGUAGCAGAGGUGGCUGCUGAGACUAUGGAUAAUUACCUUAUGUUUAAGAAAGUGGUUAAAGCCUCUUAUAUUCCUCCAGAAAAACAGUUAUUCAACUACUUUAAAACCUCUGUGCGGAAAGUAACAAAUAAGGCUGGCAAAGAUUUAUAUGUAUCUCAUAAAACAGCCGCAAUACAACGCAAAGUAAAGCAAAUGAAUAAUUGGUCCAACAAGAGUUAUCAAAAGCGCGCGUUAAAAAAAUUGGAAAAGGUGAAAAAACUAAACCGAAAGUAUGCGCAUUUGGGCAUUGAUUUUUCAAAGAUACUUGUUGAACCGAGUAAAUUAGAUCAAGAUGAUAAGACAGAAGUUGCAGAAGCUAUUGAAGAAGGUCCCAAAACAAAAACGCGUGGAAACAACUUAAAAAGAGGUGUUGCUGAGGAAAAUAAGAAAUCAAAAAAGUCAAAGAAAGAUAUAGAACUGCAGGAUCUACUUGGCAAUACAAUAAAUGAUGAUGAUUCGGGGGACGAAGACUACAUUGUUCCACCCCAUAUUGAUGGUGAAAGUAAGGAUGAAGAUGAGAAC